ACACGGUCUUCUCUCUCUCUCUAAUCGCUCGAAACGCCGUCGUUCCAGUGGCGGCGAUUUCGAAUGUCACCGGAUACGCCGCAGUCAGUUUCGGAGAGAGGAGGUUCGGCAGCUUAGAAUAACACCUCGGGUUUUGGUUGGUCACAGUUUCGGGGGGAAAGUUUCCUUGAGCAUGGUGGAGCAAGCUGCAAAGCCUCUUGCACGACCAGUCAGAGUUAGUAAUGCAUAUUGGAUUUAUGUAGGAAUGUUUCUGUGUUUCUGGACAUAAUCGUCCUGGUGGGAAUGGGGAGGACCAUCCAGCAGAAUUGAUAUCUGUCCUAAAGUACUCUACCCAAAGAGGUAAUUGCUGGAAGCGGUUAUUUAUUCUUCACAUUUUCGUGCCGAUGAACUGUAUGUCAGAUCUUUUUAAUUGAUAAAAACGGAUACACAUGGCUUCCUUUUUGUCUGGCAAUUCGUCUAACUUUGCAGCGGGUGAAAGUAGUUGUUAUAGACAGACUGAGGAUUAAGAGGAACGAGUCUCUUGGUAAUCCUCCAGGAAGGAAAAAUUGAACAAAAUUCUCCAUUAAAGUAGAUGGCAUAGACUUAAAGAAAGAGGCAUAUCUACGAAAGUCUUACUGUACCUUUCUACAAAAUCUGGGAAUGAGACUUAAAGUACCAUCACAACAGUGUGCAUGUUUCUCGUGUAUGGUUGAAGAAACUCCCUGGCCUCUGAAAGAUGUUAUCCUUGUCUCCUAUGAAAUUAUUCAUAAGAAGGAUCCUGCAGCAGCUCAGAGAAUCAGGCAAAAGGAGGUAUAUGAACUGCAGAAGGAAUUGAUUUUGACUAGUGAGAGGGUUGUUCUUGGAACUCUUGCUUUUUAUUUUAAUGUACACCAUCCGUAUAAACUAUUGGUGGAGGCAAUAAAGAAAUUCAAAGUAGCUCAAAAUGCCCUUGCUGCGAAGACUAAAUCCAGGACGGAGCAACAAGACCUGGAUCAUGGAUCAUCAGAUAACAUUCAGGCCUCAUAUGAAGCAACAAGUAACAGUCAUUUGCAGGCUGGAUGUACAAUAUCUGGAACCUCAAGGUCGGCAUCUAGCCCUGCAUCUGAGCAGUCAUAUGUUGAGAACGAUGGCCCUGCUAGAAGUGCUGGAAUGACAGGUGCUUUGGAUCAAAAUUUGGAAGUCAAAGACAAUCAACAGUCCAAAGUUGCUGAAGCUCAAACUUUGUCGAAGUCCGUCUCUGAGGGACGUAGUGAAGAAGGCCAAGUAAGAGAGAGCAAUGACAGGAAGGGUGAAAUAAGGGAAGGAGGGGACAAACAUUUGGGCCGAAAUCUUGAUAAUACACAUAGUGCACUUGGUCGAUCACCUCAGGAAGCUAUUAAGAAAGUCAACAAGGACAAAGUAAGGGCAGCACUGGAGAAUUGCGAAGGAAAGCCGCUGCUGAUGUGA